UCGAUCGAUCAUGGAACAGUACAGCAGCACAAGCGCCCGAGAUGGCUGACACAAAAAUGGACUGUAUUUCAAGAAAUAACCAGUGAAGGGUUCGAGACCACCAUGUCGUCAGAGACAGGGGAUGUCGUAACAGAUGGAGAUCAGUCAGGCGCGUCGGCAGGAGCCACUGGACGCAGCUUCAUCGUCGACGAGGCGACUUUUGAGGAGCAGUUCCUCCGGUGUCAAAUAUGCCGGGACAAAUUUGAAAACGAAGAACGACCACCGAAAUCUCUACCCUGCAACCACACCUUCUGUCUUCCGUGUCUGAAGCAGGUGUUUGACCACAGUCAGCCAGCAACCAGACGUGACCGAUCUUGGCUGGAUGAGGGUCUACAUGGCUUGAAAUGUCCACAGUGUAGGGUAGAGAUAUAUUUAAGCCGUGGAGGAAUCGCCCAACUCCCAAAUGACCACAGGGUCAUCCAGAUGAUGGACUUCCUGUCCCAAGCUGUUGCCAAGUCGAAGAAUGUGUGUUCAAAACACGAGCGCCAGCCACUGAAUUUCUUCUGUAAGAAGUGUUUUCUUCCCGUCUGUCGGGACUGCACCGUGCUCGACCACAAGGAACAACAAGGUCACGUCAUUGUCGACGUGACCGACGCCGUCAGCGAAAGUUCAGAAGAGUUUGAUACGAUGGAAAACAAGACAAAAGAGAUCCUGGACAAGAUGAAAUCGAGAUGGGAUUCAUUAGCCAACGCCUCUAAACGGUUGGACAUCCUCGAGAGGCAGCUCCGAGUCUCAAUCAAGGAUACUUUCAUAGAAUACCGUCUUUUGCUUGAAAGGAGGCAGGAAGCCUUGAUAAAGAUGGUGAAGACUCAAGUGAAAGACAAUAAGCAAAAGAUCAAUGCUCGAUUUAUCGAAGUGAACGAGUGGGGGACCCAGCUGCAGAAGCUGUACGACAGCCUGACUCAAUCUCGAGCCUCUAAUGAUCUGCGGCAGUUGUUUACGAUCAAUCAAAAGAUCAAAGAGAAGGAGGAAUUCAACAACGCGUCUCAGGUCAUUGAUGACGACUUGUUUAUUUCCUGUACGUUUGAAGUUCCGAAUGAAGGACAGUUUCUCUCCGAGAUGAGCGGACUCGGGGAAGUUUCGGACAAACCAGAUCUUACUUUGAAAGAACCGGUUCCGGCCCAACAGCUUGUGUUGUAUGAUCUGGAGGAACAGCAGGAACGUGAACGGCAAUAUGACAGGGAACGGCCUCUGCCUUAUGAUUGUGACAAUCUGAAUCCCCCUCACUCGGACGCUGAUCCAGACUCUUUUGACGAAGAGUUCCUGAGAGCCAUAACAUCUCGUCUGCGGUUGGCCCAAACGCGCGAACUGUUAGCAACAGAAAGUACUAGCGAUGAUGGUGAGGACCCACCGGAACUAUCCGAUUUACCUAUAAGCCAAAUCCUCUCUCAAAGACGACCCCGCACAACCAGACGGCCUGUCAGGGACGAUAACUCUGCUGUCGAGCAGACGAUACCUCGGGAGCUUCUUGUUCCUCACUCCCCAAACAGGAAUAGAGGGGAUGUGGGGGAGCGGUCGAGGGCAGGUCGUGCAAGGAGAAACCAGGACUUCAGAGUCGUCAGACACUCGCGAUUCAACCAGGAGAAUCCAGGUGAAUCCUGAACCACCCUGCUUACCUCACCCGGCGGUGCUUCGACAGGAGGCCAUAUUGGAUUUCGUGCAUGUGACUAUCAAAUUACAGGACACAACCUUUGUGGGUUGUUUGUUUUUCUUAAAAAUCAAAGUGUAUACGUUAUUUCUAUCACAGAAUUUGCUGCCUUCGAAACAUUGCUGUCACUUAGUACGACACUUUGCGGGAAGGUCUGGCGUCACAAGAUUGACAGUGCAAUAUCAGUUCUGCAUUGCUACCCGAACUGUUAUGUUGGAAGCGGAACCCCAGAGGAUGUCUAUUGUAAGCGUAGAUUCAGAUACUGCAAUCUUCACUGCAAAGCCGUAUAAAAUACAAGGGGAAGAAACUGAGACUGUUCUAAAAUUUACAGUUACGUCUGUUUUCAAAAGUUUCGUUUUCGAGGAAAAGGACGAUGCUUUCUCAUGACUGCUUAUUUCUGGGUAGAUAAAUGCGAGUGACUAGUGCUGACUCGUGCCCGAAUUCCUGCAAGUUUCGCUUAGUGAACAGUGUGUUGUGAAGUGUGACUGCAAAGACUGUGGUCGAGAAUAUGUCUUUCAGAGUUAUGUUAUCGUCCAGAUUGUGUAUUGUGUGGGCGUGAAUUAAUCCCUGUCAAUGUAAACUUGGCUUGUGACGUCACUCGCCAUCACAGCUGAGGCAGCUGUAGUGUAAAUCGCAAAAA